UCUCGGUUUUUCCACCUCAAAUUCCCAUACCAAGUCGACCCCCUUCCCAACCGUAUCCCCCAAAUCCCGAUAUCUUCUUCGGGACAAUCAACACGGCGACGAAUUCUUGUGAUCUCGAUCGGUCUCCUCCGACCGCCGUCCUCGCGAAACCCUAGCCCGGGCCCCCGGCUUUGAUCGAGAUCUCCAUGGCGGUCGUGCUGCGGAAGGUGUGGGGUUCCGUCCUCAGCCGAUCCGGCUCGGGUUCCAACCGCUCCUGGCCCGAGUUUCCCGACGACCACCCGCCCUUGGGUGAUCUCGACACCCUCCCCACCGACGUCUUCAUGCAGAUCCUCCAGCUUCUCGAGCCCAGGUGCGCCGCGCGGUCAAGCUUGGUCUGCAAGUCCUGGAAGGCUUUGGUGUCGGAUAACGCGCUCUGGCUUCACCUCCUUAAGAGUGGGAAGGAGCCGUGGGAUUUUCUGCUGUUCGCCGAGACCCAAUUAAGAUAUGGACCAUCGUUGCACUUUAACCACCCAUCGCAGUUAUCGUUUAUGAACGUUUAUGCGCAGCUUGCAACAGUUCCAGGUUCUGUUAUUAUUGAUGGUGGAUCUGGCUAUUGCAAAUAUGGUUGGAGCAAGUACGCUUCUCCAUCUGGACGUUGUGCUACCUUCUUAGAAUUUGGCAACCUUGAGUCUCCAAUGCAUGCCAGACUUCGCUAUUUUUUCUCGACAAUCUAUAGCAGAAUGCAAGUAAAGGCAUCAUCCCAGCCAAUUAUUGUCUCCCUUCCAAUCUGCCAUACUGAUGAUACCGAAGCUGCUAGGGCUUCUAGAAAGCAAUUAAGAGAGGCAAUAUACUCGGUCCUCUUUGAUAUGAAUGCUCCUGCUGUUUGUGCCGUUGAUCAGGCAGUGUUAGCUUUAUAUGCUGCAAGACGAACUUCUGGAAUUGUUGUCAACAUUGGCUUCCAUGUAACUUCAAUAGUUCCAAUUCUAAGAGGUAAGGUGAUGCAUGAUGUUGGUAUCGAAAUUCUGGGACAAGGUGCUUUAAGGCUUACUGGAUUUCUCAGGGAAUUAAUGCAGCAACGAAGUAUAAAUUUUGAGUCACUAUACACUGUUAGAACAAUCAAGGAGAAAUUAUGCUACAUAGCUGCUGAUUAUGAUGCAGAAUUACGUAAAAAUACUCAAGGUUCAUGUGAGGUUGCUGGUGAGGGUUGGUUCACUCUUUCAAAGGAACGCUUCCAAACUGGAGAGAUUCUUUUUCAACCACAUAUUGGUGGGGUGCGCACAAUGGGUUUGCAUCGAGCUGUAGCUCUCUGUAUGGAUCAUUGCUUGGCUGCAGAAGUGGCCAGUGAUGACACAUGGUUUAAAACUGUGGUUUUGGCUGGUGGAAGUGCUUGUCUACCUGGAUUGCCAGAGAGGCUAGAGAAAGAGCUUCAUAAAAUUCUUUCACCGUCAAUGUCUGAAGGAGUUAAGGUCAUGCCUCCACCAUUUGGUGCUGAUUCUGCUUGGUAUGGAGCAAAGAUCAUCAGCAAUGUGAGCACCUUCGCUAAUGCAUGGUGUAUUUCAAAGAAACAGUUCCGUCAGAGGUUCCGACGCAAUAUGGCGUGGUGAUUCUUUUGAACCUGUUGAUCGUGGACUUUGUACAUCUGUUGGAAAGGGGUUGUUUGCCUCGUUGAUGCAGCAAGUCUCAGCAAUGGUGCCUUGACUGCUUCCUGCUCUGUUAGAUUUAAUCUCAAUCUCUAACAAGGAAAUACCCUUGUAAGUAAAAUGUUUGUGGAUAUCAUCUUAUGACAGCUCUACAUUUGCCAAAGAGAUCAAUCUGGCAUUGUUGUAAUAAUAAUGAUAGAUGACAUACAUUAGCCACUCAAUAUUUUUGCCCCUUGAUUGGUUGGUUUAGGUGCUCUUGUUUACUUGAAGGUAAGAAUUCAAAGAAAUUGUAGUGAAUAAAUACAUAUGUUUUAAGAUUUA